AUGGAAAUAGAACAGGAGGUAUUUCAUAUGGAUUUGACCACUGAAGGCAGACUAGGAAGGCGAUGCUUCAUGUUCUGGCUUCUGCUCCUUGCUGCCUGGGUGGCAGGGAGCGGCCAGCUCCACUACUCCGUCCCCGAGGAGGCCAAACACGGCACCUUCGUGGGACGCAUCGCGCAGGACCUGGGGCUGGAGCUGACAGAGCUGGUGCCGCGCCUGUUCCGGGUGGCGUCCAAGGGCGGCGGGGACCUUCUGGAGGUAAAUCUGCAGAAUGGCAUUUUGUUUGUGAAUGGUCGGAUCGACCGGGAGGAGCUGUGCGGGCGCAGCGCGGAGUGCAGCCUGCACCUGGAGGUGAUCGUGGACAGGCCGCUGCAGGUGUUCCACGUGGAGGUGGAGGUGAAGGACAUUAACGACAACCCGCCUGUGUUUCCAGUGAAGGAGCAAAGAUUGCUGAUUUAUGAAUCUAGGCUGCCGGAUUCUUUGUUUCCACUAGAGGGCGCAGCAGAUACAGAUGUUGGAUCAAAUUCUGCCUUAACCUAUAAACUCAGUUCUAGUGAGUAUUUCGCGCUAGAUGUGAAAACAAGCAGCGAUGGCAACAAACAAAUUGGGCUCAGGUUGAAAAAAUCUUUGGACAGAGAGGAGGCUCCUGAACACAGCCUACUCCUGAUGGCCACCGAUGGAGGGAAACCUGAGCUCACGGGCUCUCUUCAACUGCUGGUCACCGUGCUGGACGUGAAUGACAAUGCUCCCAGUUUUGAACAGGCUGAAUACGAGGUGAGAAUAUUCGAAAACGCAGACAAUGGAACAAUGGUUAUCAGAGUGAAUGCUUCUGAUCGUGAUGAAGGAACCAAUGGGGCAAUUUCAUAUUCGUUUAGUAGCCUCCUUUCCCCCAUGGUUUUGGACCAGUUUAGCAUAGAUGGGAAAACAGGAGAAAUUGUAAUUAAAGGGAAUCUGGAUUUUGAACAAGAAACCUUAUACAAAAUCCGAGUUGAUGCAACAGACAGAGGACACCCUCCGAUGGCAGGGCACUGUACGGUUUUAGUGAAAGUAUUAGAUAAAAAUGACAAUGUACCUCAGAUUGCAUUGACGUCUUUAUCCUUGCCUGUUCGAGAGGACGCUCAACUGGGAACCGCCAUUGCCCUGAUUAGCGUGUCAGAUUCUGACUCUGGAGACAAUGGGCAGGUGACCUGCUCCCUGACGCCUGACACACCCUUCAAGCUGGUGUCCACCUUCAAAAAUUAUUACUCAUUGGUCCUGGACAGCGCUCUGGACCGAGAGACCACCUCUGACUAUGAGUUGGUGGUGACCGCGCGAGACGGGGGCUCGCCUCCGCUGUGGGCCACCGCCAGCGUGUCGGUGGAGGUGGCCGACGUGAACGACAACGCGCCCGUGUUCGCACAGGCCGAGUACACGGUGUUCGUGAAGGAGAACAACGCGCCCGGCUCGCACAUCUUCACGGUGUGGGCGCGCGACGCGGACGCGCAGGAGAACGCGCGCGUGUCGUACUCGCUGGUGGAGCGGCGGGUGGGCGAGCGCGCGCUGUCGAGCUACGUGUCGGUGCACGCGGAGAGCGGCAAGGUGUACGCGCUGCAGCCGCUGGACCACGAGGAGCUGGAGCUGCUGCAGUUCCAGGUGAGCGCGCGCGACGCUGGCGUGCCCGCCCUGGGCAGCAACGUGACUCUGCAGGUGUUCGUGCUGGACGAGAACGACAAUGCGCCUGCGCUGCUGGGGCCUCCCGGCGGCGGCGGCGGCGGCGGCGGCGGCGGCGGCGCGCGCAGCGAAGUGCUGUGGCGCUCGGUGGGCGCUGGCCACGUGGUGACCAAGGUGCGCGCGGUGGACGCGGACUCUGGCUACAACGCGUGGCUGUCGUACGAGCUGCAGCCGGCGGCGGCCGGUGCGCGCAGCCCGUUCCGCGUGGGGCUGUACACGGGCGAGAUCAGCACCACGCGCGCGCUGGACGAGGCGGACGCCGCGAGGCAGCGCCUGUUGGUGCUGGUGAAGGACCAUGGCGAGCCGGCGCUGACGGCCACCGCCACGGUGCUGGUGUCUCUGGUGGACAGCGGCCAAUCGCCCAAGCUGUCUUUGCGUGCAUCGGAGGGCGCCGUGGCUUCGGAGGCGACGCUGGUGGACGUGAACGUGUACCUGAUCAUCGCCAUCUGCGCGGUGUGCAGCCUGCUGGUGCUGACGCUGGUGCUGUACGUGGCGCUGCGGUGCUCUGGGGCGGCUGUGGGGCGGAGCGAGGGCGCGUGCGCGCCUGGGAAGCCUGUGCUGGUGUGCUCCAGCGCGGUGGGGAGCUGGUCCUACUCUCAGCAGAGGAGGCAGAGGGUGUGCUCUGGGAAGGGCCCGCCCAAGACCGACCUCAUGGCCUUCAGCCCCAGCCUACCUCCUCAUUCUGUGGGGAUGGAUGUAGGAGACCAUCAGGAGUUGAAAGAAGAUCGUUGUGCAAUAGUAAGUCUACAUACAUAUAAGUAA